GCGCCCGAGGACGCGCCGCCGCUUGAUGGCGACGCCGCCGCCGAGGAGCCCCCGCCCGGGAUGCGCCCAGAGCCGACGAUGAUCACGCGCCCCACGUUCAUGCAUGACGUUCGGUUGCGGCGCGGGCGGUGCAACGAAGAGGUAACUGCAGACAGGGCUCGGUUGAGGGGCAAGUCGCAGCAGAAGUACAGGUGCGACGGCUGCAAUGUCCACAUCACGCAGCUUAGCCGCGAGUUCGGCGGGUUCCCGAGCAGCGACUUCAAGCGCCUGGGCGAAAAGACGCAACAGGCCUUCUUCAAGGACGUGCGCGACGUCUCCAGCGGGAAGAUGGUGGUCGCCAAAGUCAAGGGCCUCAUGCGGAGCUACGAGAAUCACGCGGACUACGACGCCGAGGGAGGGGCCAACAGCCUGGAGAAGGACAAGAGGCAGCGCAGGGUCUUGGGCGCAACGCACCGCGUCCCGAUCCUGUCUGGAGGCCAUCGUGGAGCCAGGGGCACCGAGCGGUCCCACGUCGCCGAGGCCUCGCACCCCUCCAAGAAGAUCAAGAAGACGACGGUCGCUGGCGCCGACGAGGAGCCUGAUGAGGGGCCUUCGGGCGACGACGACUCGGACCCCAGCUCGGACUCGAGCAGCAGCUCGGACGACAAUAAGAACCAGAAAAAUAAGAAGGCGAAGGAGGCGAAUAAACAGAAAAAGAAGACAGCGAAGAAGGAACGGGCGAGGGAGGAGAAGGAGCGCAAGAAGGCGCUGGAGGACAAGGAGAGGGCCAAGCAGGAGAGGAAGGCCGCCGCCGAGAGCCGCAAGGUGGCGGCGGCGAAUGGCAAGUUGGCCGACUGUAUCGAUAAAAAGGUGACGGAGACGCUGACGGCCGUCAACAGGGUGGUGGGCCAUCGCUUGUUCCCUGAGCUCCGCCAGAGCAUCAGGGAUGACAUGAACGCGUUCCAGGCCAAGCUGCAGCGCAUGUCGCAGGACAUCGAGUAG